GCCGCGACCGGCACAGACACCUGUCAAAAUUACAGUUCUAAUGACCCCUUAAAAUCAAAUUUCAGUGUUUAAACUCCAGUAACUUCUAAAUUUAUCAGUGCACUAAACAAAUCACUCAGGAUGGCAUGCAAAAAACCAUUGGGGCCCGGCCCCGGCGCGUACCAGCUGCCCACGACGUGCGGCUUCAACCAGCACGACCCGUCGCGGUACCGCAACCCGAUGUACUCGUUCGGGACCAACGCCGGGUACCGCGUCAAGGGCCUGGGCCCAGGGCCCGCCUACCGCAUCGACCGCGUCACGCGCGACGGCAUGGUCUCCUCCCCCGCUUGGAGCUUCGGCGCUAGGUUCCCGACGCGCGCCACGCUGCGCACGCCGGGCCCGGGCUCGCACGCGCCUGAGCGCUGCCCGGCCAUGCGAGAGCCGCGCGCGCCCAUAUAUUCGAUGGGCGCGCGGCUCGGCUUCGCGCUCAAGCGGCCGGGGCCCGCGCCCAACGCCUACGCGCUGCGGCUGGGGCCCGGCACGCCCGCCUACACCAUGGGCGCGCGAGUCGGCUUCAACCUCAAGCCGCGCUCGCCGGGGCCCGCCGUCUACUUCCAGCGGGACGCCAACGUCUACAUGACGAGGAGCCCGAACUACUCGCUGGGCGCAAAACUGGACGGCGCGGGCAAGGCCACGAAGACGCCCGGACCCGCUGCCUACCCGCCCAACCUCUAUAACGUCAAGAAGCAUACAGCCAACGACAUGGGGGAAGACCGUCCUCUUUGA